AUGGGUGCAGAGGGCAAAGCAGAUCCACAGUUUGGCGACGCGGUGACACCACCAAGGUCAAGCAGCAACAACAACAUUCGCGUUAAGGAGCUGCAACGAGAACAGUUAUGCCGUCGAGUUGCUGAUCUACGUGAAAACUUGCUUCACCUCAACGCCAUGACACCCUCGCAACUCGAGACUAAGCUAGCGCUACUCGAGCAUCAUUUCACCACUUUUGAGCGCUUGCAAUCAGAGCUGGAAUUUCUAGAUGACUCGCAAUUUGAAUUGGAUCAUCGCAUCGUCUUCGAAGAGGCUUUUUGUGAGGUGAAAAGUGCCAUCGUCGAACGUGAUGGCCUCAGUAGCACCAUAGUCCCAGCACCAAAUUCUUCGUCGUCACCGCCAGCCCGGCAUAGUUUGCCUAAGCUGCAGCUUACUAAAUUUAGCGGCAAACAUACUGAGUGGCUAGACUUCUACAACAUGUUUAAAGUCCUUGUGCACAACAAUGCUGGACUUGAUGAUAUUGAGAAAUUUCAUUAUCUGCGCUCUUGCUUAGUUGACAGCGCAUUUCGCUUAAUCCAGUCGUUGGAAGUUACGAACGAAAAUUAUCACCGUGCGGUGGAAUUGCUUGUUAACCGCUAUGACAAUAAGCGGUAUAUUUUUCAAUCACACCUGCAAGCUAUCUUCGAUAAUGGGGCACUCAGUCACCCAACCGUCGUUUCUCUUCGGGAAUUCAUCGAUUCCAUUAACGCUCAUCUACGUGCCAUGCAGUCAUUGGCAUCGCGCAGUCAAAUCGCUGACGGGAUUUUACUCCAUAUCAUCGUGGCAAAGUUGGAUCAUGAAAUGCAGCUCAAAUGGGAAGAAGAAGUGUCAGCCAAGUGGGACAAUUCAGCAAAUACGUCGCUCCAACUUCCAUCGUGGGACGAUCUAGCUUCGUUCAUUGAGCUACGCUGCCAAACAGUUAACAUGGUAAAGGCCAACAGAAGCGCAUCGGGCGAGGUCACGGCAGCAAAAACCCCAGCCCAUCGAGCAACAACAAAUGCCCACUAUGCGAUGAGCUCGCCACACACAGUGCCUUCAAAUGUGACAAAUUCACCGCCAUGGAUCCAAUGCAGAUGUAUGAUCUUGGUAAGAAGAAAACCCUUUGCUUGA